AUGUUUGUUCUAUUUUCAAGCCCAGGCUUGCUGUUCUUGUUGCUUUUGUUACGAUUGGUACAGGCCCAGGUAUCCACUAAUAAACACGGAAUUCCUACCUUAGUAUACAACUGCGCCAAAGUACCAGCAUUAUGCCAGAAUGUUAACAAGCUAUACCCUUUGGAAACCACCGUUCAUGUGCUUCCAUCGGCAAACACUGCCCAUUCGGCUCCAUCAGCAAGCAGCGAUCAUUCGGCUCCAUUGGCAACAACUAACGCUCCCCCAGCGACCGUCACAGGCCUUCAUACUAUCCAAGGUACCCAAACGUACAUCCAGCUGCAUCUUGAUAGAGAUACGGAAAAGAAGAACAAGCGGAGAAGCAAGGCAUGUCCAGGUUCAUGGAGACAAACACACCCUUGCCCAGAAAGUAAUCAGCCAGAGACUGUCCCCAAAGGUGCUAUACUGGGGGAUGGCUCUUUUCCGCCUGCCAGAUGGAACCCGAACAACAUAUUGCCCGGUGAAAAUGGUUACAACAGGAUUGCCAAUGCAGCAGGCCAGUACUCUGGCAUGAUGUGGACUUGCGAUGAGUUUCCAUUCGCCAGGGAUAACGCUGUAGACGCUCCCCUGAAGCCAAUGAAAAAGAAGGACGUCGAAGGCAUAUGGAGGUUCCAUUUCUAUACACAAUUUGACGCGGAUGCAGGUAGUGCUGCUCUGGUAGUCAGAUAUUACGACGCUAGAGGCAACCAACGCGACAAGGGAUAUAUGAAGCGAGCGCUCAAUGGACCACAUAUUGAGGAGAGUAUUGUCCAGAUUGAUCAUGGGUUUCACAAUAACGGCACAGUGGAAGUGAAACAUAAACCUUUGUUCAAAGACGAGUACAAGCUUCUUCGCAGGUCCUGGGAUCAGCAUCUUCCAGGUAAUUGUUCCGCAGUGGGUCCUGAAGAAGGUAUCUUGAAGCGGUCAAUCGGGCAGAUGCUGAGCCGUGGCGAUGAUGGUACUGUCGACAUGACUGGGCGGAUGAACCGUCGCCAAUCAGAACAGCAGUGCGACUAUGAGACACCAUGCCCUGAUGGCAGCUGCUGCAACAAUAUGGGACAUUGCGGUUACGGAGAAGAGGCCUGCGGGGAGAAUGUCUGCGUUUCCAACUGUGACGCUAAAGCUGAGUGCGGUAAAGACAGUCUCGAUGGCAGCUACUCGUGCCCGCUCAAUGUAUGCUGCAGUACCCACGGCUACUGUGGAGUUGGGGAUGAAUUCUGCCAAGCUGGCAAUCAGGACGAUUCUUGUCAGGAGGGCUUUGGGAGCUGCACCAGGAUUGAGCCGCCAUCUUGCCAAGGAGCUUCGACGUUGGUGAGAAGCAUCGGCUACUAUAAUUUUGCCAAUUUGCGUUUCAGGCAGUGCAAUCGCAUUACACCGAAACAGAUUCGCACCGAGGGAUUUACUCACUUAUACGGCGCAUUUGCAGCCAUCGAUCCGGACACGUUUGCUGUUAAGCCAUGGCAUGAAGAUGAUUUGGAGCUGUAUAAGGAGUUCACGGGUCUCAAGAACAAGGGACUCGAGACUUGGAUCGCCAUCGGAGAUCGGAAUGUCUUCCAUACAGUGCCGACGCGGACAUCCUUUAGUUAUUUGUCUGCCACCCCUGCGGGUCGUUCACAGUUCAUCACGUAUUUGACUAGUUUUCUCGAUGAACAUGGAUUUCAAGGCGUGGAUCGUUUUUGGCAGUACCCAGGGGUCCCCGGCCGUGGAGGCCGUUGGGAAGAUGUAAGCAACUACGUCUCUCUCCUCAAGGAUAUGCGUGCUGCAUUCGGAAACAACUACGGGAUCAGUGUCGUUAUUCCCCCGACUUACAGGUACUUACGAUGGUUCCAGCUUAAGGAGAUUGAGAAGUACGUUGACCACAUGAGCAUCUUGACAUUUGAUCUUCACGGGCCGUGGGAUGAGCACAUGCAAUUUGGCCGCGUCAUCCUGGGUCACACCAACAUACCUGAAAUUGCCAAUUUGACACUGCCGCUAUAUUACGCCGGCGUUGACCCUGGAAAGGUCAACCUGGGUCUUUCCUACUAUGGUCGUGGCUACACGGUCUCUGAUUCCAACUGCAAUGGUAUCUUUUGCGAAUGGUCAGGCCCCAGUCGACCGACUCCUUGCACUAACGAGGGCGGCGUUAUGUCCCUCGAGGAGAUUGAGAGGAUGGUCGAGGAGGAGCCUGGCAUGGAACCAACAUUUGUUUCUGGGGACUUGAUGAUGGAGCUCAAGUUUGGCAAUCAGUGGAUUGGGUAUGAUAACAACGAUACCAUUGCAUACAAGAAGGGGUGGGCCAGUGGUCGCUGCUUUGGUGGCACAACGGUUUGGAGUGUUGACGAGUAUUCUGGCUCUGGAAGUGGAGAUACGCCGGACGAUCUAAUCUAUGGAGGGUCUGAUGAUUCCGGCGGUGGCCAAGGCGUUAGAUCUGGUAUGAUCUACAUCGAUCCAGAGAUCUGGGAAGGGGAGCAGCCUGAGGUGAACUGCCAACCGCCAUGCACGAUGGUCUUACCGCCGUCUUCUCUGGAGACGCCUGUGGAGCUGACGUUUCCCCCCUACGAGACUUCACUUGACGUUGCUUGGAACGGCACUGAUGGCUGGCACAGCACCAUUCAGAAGACUAUACUAACUCCUCCUGUUGUUACUGUUACUGCCGUCGAUGUCUGGCACAUUACGAUUAGAGAGGAUCUGACGAAUCUCACUGACGUCUGGUCAACGUUUACCAUCACUCCAAGUGUCAAGGUCCCACCAUUUAUCAUCACGAACACAGUUCCAGAGACAACCAAUGAUGGUGCAACUCAGCCCCCAGGAACUAGGACUAUCACUGCUCCGCCAUACCCUUGGACUAAUACCAAGCCAGCUACCGAACCUCAAACAUCAGGUACAUCCGACGAUAAUGUUCUACCACUAUUAUUCCCAGUUGUAACUUGGCGUCCAGGAAAGCCGGGUCCUAGGUGUAAGAUGGAUUGUGGCAAGCCCUGUCGCGUCUUUUGCGAUCAUCCCUGUCUUCUCGAUUACCCAGAUGGUGGCAGAGACUUUCCCGAUCCUCAGAAUCCAAACCCACCAAGACGGCCAGUACCACCAAACCCUCCCAUCCCCGAUCCUACCAAUGUACCAACACCCGGCGUGCCCGAAAACGAGGAGGAUCAAGAGAACGAGCGACAGUGUGCGCUCGAGUUCGGUCUCCCUCUCCCAACCUGGCGAAAUCCAGCCACCACCACAAGCGUCAAACCCAUGCCCGCGCCGCCCAGACCUUCCCCAAAGCCGAACCCAAAGCCACCCUCGCCAAACCCUCAGACAGAGGAGGUUCACUGCUAUAAUGACGGUGCUUCAAUUGACCACGCCUUGGCUAUUGAAGCCCUUGAGUCUUUCUGCGAUAGGUUUGAAGGCCAGGUGCUUGAUGCGACGAAGCCGGGGACUGAACGCACUUUGCAGUGUAAGCAUGGGGUGGGUUGUCUAAGCAUCUUUGGAUGUUCGGUUGAUGUUGUUAUGAGCGUCACUGUUAUAAACGGGUGUCGGUUCACUAUCGGUAACAAAGGGUCCAAGUCAGAGUGUGGCCGGAACUUGAGGCGCAUGAUCGACGAGUGCGAUACAAGUGACACAAGGUACAAGCAGGGUGGCACGAUGACCAGCAAUUGUGCGAUUUGGCGGUUUGAUCCCAUGUACCCUGGUGGGGGGCCUAGUAGCUUCUGUUAA